AUGCCAUUUUUGGCCUCUACCAACCUCCCCCUCGUUUUCCGCGCCUCCAGCCGCCUCCCUCCUCGAAAUCCGGCGCCAGCCACCUCCCCGUCGCCAAGUGGCGCGCCCCCACUGGCCUCCUCCGCCACAGCCAGCGCCCCGGGCCAAUGGGAGCCGGCCACGUCGCCUCCCCCGCAGCCUCCCAGCCGCGCCGAGCCCGUCGGGGCCCGGAUCUGGCCCGCCCUGGCCGAACCGGGCCCGAAGGAGCCCGCCGCCGUGCCGGCGUUCUUCCUCGUCGGCCGGAGCCCCGUCGGAUCCCAGGUCACCGCCCCCCCGCCAUCUCCUCUUUCCUCCCCGUCGCACCCUCUCCCUCUCACCCGCGGCCAGGCCGCCGCCGUUUCUCGCAGGAACCCCGGCGGGAGCCCCUCGUCACCGGGAACCGCGUCCCCGACGGCAGCCGUUCGCCGGAUCCGGCGACCCCGCCCCGGAUCAGCAUCCGCCGCCGCCUCCCGCACCGAUUCCCGGCCCCCCUUCGGCCCCGCCUCGACCCGCGCUCGCCGGAACGGCGCCGGGAUCCACCGCCGCCGGAGCGCCUUCGUCGUCCGUGUGCGUGCGGUUACACGCAGUCGCCGCGUGGGCCAUGUGGGCCCCGCAAACCGCAUCAGCCCCGGCCCGUGUCGCCUCUCCUCCGGCCCAACCGCCUCCUCUGCACCAACUGGCCCAAGUGACCCAAGGUGA